AUGCCUGCGCGAGGGCAUGCCGUCCAAGUCAGCACGUUCCACACCUAUGCCGCGGCGAGAGUGCAUCUUAUAAGAGAAGGUUCGGCUGCGAAUAAAACCGCCCGCCGCUCCUCACCCCGGGCACGUGACUGCUUCGGUGAGCUCAGUUUUGCCGGCCGGCAACUCGGUCAUUGGCCGCGCAAAAAAUGGCUUUACCGCAGAUAUGAGCCCUCAGACAGUGGAAGACAUGUAUUAAAAAAAAAAUGCAAAGACACCUUUAUCGCACUUCACGUG